AGCGGCUGCACACACGCGCGCGCGCACGCACACGCAAGAGACCGCCAGAGCCCAGCGCAGAAGCAAGCAAGCGAGAUCGAGAUGAAGGUGGAGGUGGUGGACACGACGCUGGUGGCGCCGAGCGAGCCGACGCCGCGGCACACGCUGUGGCUCUCCAACCUCGACCUCGCCGUGCCCAAGACGCACACGCCGCUCGUCUACUACUACCCGGCGCCGCCCCCCGCCGGCGACGGCGACGGCGACGGCGAGAAGGAGGAGGGGUUCUUCGCGCCGGAGAGGCUGCGGGAGGCGCUGGCGAGGGCGCUGGUGCCCUUCUACCCGCUGGCGGGGCGGAUGGCGACGGGGCCCGAGGGGCGGCUGGAGAUCGACUGCAACGGCGAGGGCGCGCUGUUCGUCGUCGCGCGGGCCGACUUCACCGGCGACGAGAUGUUCCGGGACUUCGAGCCCUCCCCGGAGGCGCGCCGCCUGCUCGUCCCCUUCGCCGCCUCCGGCGACCCGCCCUGCCUCCUCGCCAUGGUCCAGGUGACGUUCCUCAAGUGCGGCGGCGUGGCCGUGGGCACGGGCAUGCACCACGUGACCAUGGACGGCGCGGGCGCGAUCCAGUUCAUCCGGACGUGGACGACCCUGGCGCGCGGGCUGGACGCCGCGUCCGUGCACCCGACCCCGCCGGUGCACGACCGCACGGUGCUGCGCGCGCGCUCCCCCCCGCACGCCACCUUCGAGCACCCGGUCUACUCCCCGAGCAACCUCAACGGCCUGCCCCGCCCCUUCGUCACCCGCGUCUACGCCGUGUCCCCCAAGCUCCUCGCCGGCAUCAAGUCCAGCUGCGCGCCCGGCGUGUCCACCUACUGCGCGCUGACCGCGCACCUGUGGCGCGCCAUGUGCGUGGCCCGCGGGCUGGCCCCCGACGCCGAGUCGCGGCUGCGCGUGCCGGCCAACAUCCGGCAGCGCCUGCGCCCGCCGCUGCCGGCCAACUACUUCGGCAACGCCAUCGUGCGGGACCUGGUGACGGUGCGCGUGGGGGACGUGCUGUCGCAGCCGCUGGGGUUCGUGGCGGAGCGGAUCAAGCGCGCGGUGGCGCGGGUGGACGACGCCUUCGUGCGCUCCGUCAUCGACUACCUGGAGGUGGAGUCGGAGAAGGGCAGCCAGGCGGCGCGCGGGCAGUUCAUGCCGGAGACGGACCUGUGGGUGGUGAGCUGGCUGGGCAUGCCCAUCCACGACGCCGACUUCGGCUGGGGCUGCCCCAAGUUCGUCGCGCCGGCGCAGAUGUUCGGCAGCGGCACGGCCUACGUCACGCAGGCGCCCGACAAGGACGACGGCGUGUCCGUGCUGUUCGCGCUCGAGCCAGAGUACCUGCAGUGCUUCGAGAAGGCCUUCUACGGGGAGUGACCGACCAAAGCCUUGUACGGUGAUGCGCCUUUCAAAGAGCACCAAGAGCCGCCUGGGAGUUGGGAUCUCGAGUCCGUCGUGUGGAGUGCCGUCCAUGUGCUGUAUCAUAACGCAACAGAUGCUGUGGAAGUGUCGAGGUUGCUGCUUGUUUCUCGCGCCUUUCUUCACUACUACUAUGUGACAUUCUGGGCUAACUAUUAUCUAUACAAAGUCUGAAUGAAAAUGGCCUCAGGUUUGGCUCUCAA